CAGCGUACAAUUGGGUAACGGAAGGAAAAGAAUAUCAUCAUUUGAAAUGUGGUGUUCAUCUGUUUUUACUCUGACACCCUUAAGUAAAAGCCUGUGCAAGCAAUUUAUCUUAGAAGCCACCUGAUAAUUUAUCUAUUUAUUGCAAAGAAUAGAAAAACUUAAGAUAUGGAAAGCAGAUAUAAAUGCCCUACUAAAGAUUUGAACUCAUCAGACUGUUAUCUCUAAAAAAUAAAUAAGAAUAAGAACCGAAAACCACUUUUUUGUUUGUUUGUUUUUUAAAUCUUUUUCGAUUACACUUUACUGUUACGCUGUAGCGAGGCGCUCUUGAUCUGAGCUCGGAUUUAUUUUUAUUUAUUUUUUUAUACACUGACUCAAGAUCUUGACAGAGUGGCCUCACUGUGCCCCCCUCCACAUCACCCGGGAAUGUUUUCUUUAGCUCCGUCUCUGCGCGGUGACUGGCUCCUUCCCCUGUCGGCCUGCCCUCCUCCGGCCUCCUGCUUAGACGGACUGUCGCCUCGCAUCGCUCCCUCACACGGCGGCACACUGACUCGGCUGUCACCACCGGCAGGAUGUCUCCUCUGGCGAGCCGCCUGCUCGUCCUCCUCUGCCUGGCGUUGCCUCUUUACGGCGUGGAAAAGGUGAAAAACAGAGGAUACCGAAAGGAACCCGACGUUGACAAGUAUGGCAGCUGCAUGCAAGGCCCAGCAGGAACCCCUGGAAGAGACGGCAACCCCGGAGCCAACGGCAUUCCAGGCACGCCGGGCAUCCCGGGCCGUGACGGGCUCAAAGGUGAAAAAGGGGAAUGCGUGAGCGAGAUCUUUGAGGAACCCUGGAGGCCCAACUACAAGCAGUGCGCCUGGAACGCACUGAAUUAUGGGAUCGACCUGGGUAAAGUGGCGGACUGCACGUUCACCAAGCUGCGCUCGGACAGCGCUCUCAGAGUCCUCUUCAGCGGUUCCCUGCGACUCAAGUGCAAGAACGCCUGCUGCCAGCGGUGGUACUUCACCUUCAACGGGGCCGAGUGCACGGGACCCCUGCCAGUGGAGUCAAUCAUCUACUUGGACCAGGGGAGUCCGGAGCUCAACUCCACUAUCAACAUCCACAGAACAUCCUCAGUCGAGGGGCUGUGCGAGGGCGUCAAGGCAGGGUUGGUGGACGUGGCGGUGUGGGUGGGGACCUGCGCCGAUUAUCCCCGGGGAGACGCUUCCACGGGGUGGAAUUCUGUGUCCAGGAUCAUCAUAGAGGAGCUGCCUAAAUGAGAAGACAGAGCGAUAUGAAAGGGAGGACUCGGUCUUUGUUGUGUAGGAGCAAGUCGCCUGACACGCCAGAAAUAAUCAGGUACGGCCGGUUGAGGCGUGACAGAGCCACUGAUGGUACCUUGAAUGUUUUUUUUUGUUGUUGUUCUGUUUAAUUACACGUACAGAAAAUUCUGUUGCUCCGCCUCCUAGACGUAAAUUCUGUACUGUGUUUUUUUGUUGUUGGUCUGCUGGUGGCCUGGUAAUUGAUUACAGUAACCAUUCAAAUGUACUGUAUGACGUUUGUGUGUGUGUGUGUGUGUGUGUGAAUUGUUUCUGUCAAUAAAAUCACCUUUUUCUAAAGACUCGACUUUAUCGCUUGUAGGAAGUGGAAAAGACGUGGGAUUUCCAGGUUUUGAGAAAUGUGGACAAGAAAACUGAGCUUAGGAACAUAUUUAUAUUUUACAGAAAAUGUCCCGUUGUCUGACUUGUGUCCAUUCGUCAGUUCAUCCUUCCAUUUUUUCCAUUUCUUCUUUUGAUCCAUGCAUUUAAUCAACAUCAUUCAUCUGUCAGUUCAUCUAUUAUUAACCCACCCAUCUGUUUGUCCAUUGUUUUUUUUAGCAUCC